AUGGGCAACAAUUCUGAUCGCACUGCCAAUUUGCUGAACUUGCUCAAGUUCAGUGGUUCGGGUGGUUCGCAGCUGCAGAGCCAGACUGCGCAGGCACGCGCUCAUGGCCACAACCAGCAGCCAGCCCAGCAGCCUCAGGAGUUGCAGCAGGAGCAUCAAUCUCCUCAGCAGCCCCAUCAGCAGCUGUCGCCCGAGCACCAAAUGCAUCAGUUCAACCAGUUCCAGCAGCAUGCCCAGCAGGGCCGCGGUAUCCUUCAGAGUCCUUUGCCUGCCCAGAUCCAUCAGCCUGCGCCUUCCUCUGCUGACCCUACUGGUCUUUUGGCUGCCCUUAUGCGUGGUGCCCAUGAGCCUGAGGAGCCUAAGCAGCCACAGGUCCACCCGCAGCAAGCUUUUGGCAACGGUUCGCCUCCUGCUGAUACCCGUUCUUACUUGCUGAACCUUCUGAACCGCCCUAAGCCUAGCCAAGGCGACCAGCAGCAGUCAGUUCUGACCGAGGCCUCCCGUUCGACGAACCUUACGCCGCAGUCACCCGAGAACACUCCCGCUGAAACCGCCCGUUACUCGGGCGCUUACCAGCAGCAGUACACUCAGCACCAGCACUCGCACGGCAACCAGUACUCGAACCACCAACACCGCCCCGAAUCAUAUGCCGACUCUCAUGCGCCUUCCAACGCUUCCGAGUCCUACUAUCCCAACUCCCAGGAGAACCAGGCUGAUACAUCUGCUCUUUUCCAGCAGCUGCUGGGAAACCUUGCUCAGUCUUCUCCUCAGAGCCAGGGACACAGUCGCGCUCCGCAGUCGCCUAGUGCUCUGCCAUUCCAGAUUCUGAAGAAGGACUCACCUGCUGCGUCGCAUCACUCGCAUCAUUCUCACCACUCUCACCGUCACGAACAUUCGGUUGGUGCUGGUAGCGAGCGGGCUGCUUUCCCGACUUCUCCCCACCAGAUUCGUCGCAAAGCAACUCGAACUGCGUCCAUCCAGUCUCACCCUUCGGUGAAGCAGGGCACACCCCCAACCUCCGGUUUCGACAACCAUAGUCCUGCGGCUAAGGCGACCGUCGCGGAGGCUGUCGAAGAUAUUGCUCAGCAGGCUGAUCAUGAUGCCACUGAGGCGCUUGAGCGCGCGGAGUACGAACGGGCCCAGGCUGAAAUCGCCGAGGACCUCGACGACAUGCUCCACGCAGAGUCCAAGAAGGAAUUCGAGGACAGCGCUCAAAUCGCCGCUCAGGCCAUUCAGGCUGAACUUGAUCGUAGCGACAACGAGGGCGUUCUCGAGGCCGCCCUUUCAGCUGACGUUGCCGAAACUGUUCGCGAGAUUGUCGACGAGGCUGCCCAAGGCGUUGCGGAGAGCUGGGAGAGUGCUGACCAGGAUGAGAUUGUUGUAAUUGAAGAAAAGGAGACACCUCCUGUCAAGGUUUUCAACUUCCCCAUGAAGCCAUGGAUCUCCAUUACGCUUCAGGAGGAGGGAACUGAACCACGACCUCUGUUCCGCGACGAGACCAUCAUGGACAUCGCUCGACUGAAGAAGGAAUUCGACCAGAUCGAUCGCAACCUGUACACUGCCACUGAGAACUACAUGGCCUAUGGUAUGUCCAAGCAGGGAGGUCUUCGUGUCAUUCGCCAGGAGGAUGGUAAGGAUGCCAAGAUCUUUACCGAUACCAAGGAUCGUAUUUUCAACGUCGCCAUGUCUGUUACGCCUACUGAUCACGACGGCGCUCAUCGUGAGGCCAUCAUCGGCACUGGCAUCAGUGGCACCGUCUACUGGGUUCAGAUCCGUGAUGGUGACAAGGAUCACAUCGAGGAUGCUCACAUGGAGCAGUAUGGCUUUGCUUUGCCUCCCAUGAGCUCCCAGGAGGGCGACGCCCCAGGCGGUGUUCUCAAGACUCGCGCUCGCACCUCCACAAUUCACCCUGAGUACUUUGCUGUUGGCCGCGGCAAGUCUAUCAACCUCAUCUGGCCUUCUUACAUCUUGCAAAACAACUUGUUCAAGCCAGGCCACGAUCGCGUUGUCGACACCGAAACCCUUGCUAAGCAAUGCUCUCUGAAGAUCAACACUGGUAAGGCCGGCAAGGACUUCACCUUCAGUCAGGACGACUCAGUCAUUGUCUCUCUUGACAAGUCUGGUCGGGUCAAGUUCUGGGAUGUUCGAGACCUGACUGCUGUCAAGGAGGGCUCUGACCCGCGUGCUCCUAUGCCCGCGCAGACCUCCCUCGAGGUCAAGGAACCCUUGAUGACUCUUGCCACCACUCCUGAGGGCGAGAAGGCUUGGCCCACCUCGGUCCUGCUUCUUGACAAGCAGCGACCUUACCAGAAGCGAUGUGCUCUUCGUUACAUGAUUGUCGGAAUGAAGCAGAACCACACUCUGCAGCUUUGGGAUCUUGCUCUCGGUAAGCCGGUGCAGGAGUUCAAUCUCCCCCACAGCAAGGAGUCCGACGCUGUCUGCAGUGUCAUGUACCACUCCGCCACUGGCAUGAUUGUCAUUGGCCACCCCACACGAAACUCCAUAUACUUUGCCCACUUGUCGGCACCCAAGUAUAACCUCAAGAGUGUCUCUCAGGCCGAAUAUAUCCAGCGACUUGUUGCUCAGGACUCCUCCAUCCCUCAGCCGGAUAGUACCGCUGUCAUUAGUGGUGUGCGAGAGUACUCGUUCGCUAACCGGGGAAUUCUGCGAAGUCUUGACAUUCUUGGCACACCUGCUAUGGUCCAAGACGCCGACGAACCCACCCUCUUUGAGCUGUAUGCCAUGCACUCCAAGGGUGUUGCUUGCCUGCUUGUCAAGCAGACCGAGCUUGGAUGGUCUAAGGACAACAAGGUGCUUGACGCAGUUGACGCCGUGGCCCAAAACGUCGUCACUGUUUCCAAGCUCAAGGCGCCCCAACCUGCCGAGGCCCCGACUCCCGCCAGCAACGGGGAAUCCGUUGUCCGUGUUGUUAACCGCGGCAACAAGGAGAAUGUGCAGACCACCCCCGGAUCUCAGGCCGAGUCUGUUCAGCGUGGAUCUGAGUCUGCUGCUCCAGCUAAGGCCAAGAGCGAGCCAAAGGAGGCUGAAACGCCCGUCCAGUCUGCCAAGGAGUCUCAAUCGGAGAAGCCUGAGCGAAAGUCACGAAAGAAGAAGAAUGCUGCGAACGCCGCGAACCAGGGUGAUGCUGCCACUAACGGGACUACGCCUCGUGCUGGCAAUAAGGAUGCCAAGGGCGCAAACAAUGCUGUCGCACCUGCUGUCUCUUCUGAGGCAUUUGAUGCUGCCAUCUCUGGACUCGAGGCCCGUUUGAACGUGAGCGUUGGCGAUACCCUCAAGUCGUCUUUCAAGAACUUUCACGGCAAGAUCGAUGAGGACAAUCGUGUCCGUGACGAGAAUUUCAACCAGCACCAACUUAAGCUCCUUGAUAUGGUUUCGGAGGUGCUGAACGAAAACACUCAGAAGGUUCUUGAGGCUCUCAUCCACCACCAGUUCACCGAGCUCGUCAUCCCCGCCAUUGGCGACAAGGCGGGUGCUGCUGUUACCGAUCUUCUCGAGAACAAGCUACAGCCCCACCUUGCAUCUUCUGUGCAAAAGGAGAUUCAGGGCUCCCUCCCUCAUGCGCUUAAUAGAUCUCUGCGCUCUGGCGACUUCGUGAAGGCCAUCUCGGAACGGGUUGGAAACACCGUCACUACGAGUGUCCAGCAGGAAGUUGUUGCGACACUGACUCAGCGACUCACGCCUACCUUCACUAACAUUGCGACUCAGGCGUCGCAGCGUGUUGCUGGUGAACUGCACCAGCAGUACCAUGAUCAGUUUGAGUACAUGAAAGCUCAGCAUGCCGCCGAUAGCGCCAAGAUCGACCAGCUUACAUCUCACAUCACCCAUCUUUCUGGCAUUGUCGAGACCAUGGCUGCUUCUCAGGCUACUCUUCACGCAGAAUUCCUCAAGUUUAAGCAGCAACCUGUUCACGAACUUUCUGGAAUUCCUCAGAAUGCUGGUCACGGCCAGCCCAUUCCCCACCAUGGUUAUGCCACUUCUAAUCAGCAUCACGCUCAAGGAAGCCACGCUGGCAGCUACCACCCAAGCCAGGCUCCCAGCCAGGCUGUAAGCCAAGCCCAACAGUUCAUCGGUAGUCCUCAGUACGCCCGCGGUUCCCAGCAUGUGAACAGCCCACAGGCUUCCCAGCAGGCCUCUGACUACGUCGCCCCUACUGCGAGUGUUGGUGCCCUUGCCGGUGCCUACGCUAGUCAGCGUAACCAGACGGAGCCUGAAGCGGACCACGACUUGAUGCAGCGCAUCAGAAUUGUUGAGCAGGCUAUCCAGGAGGGUCGUUACCAGGAUGCCAUGAUUCAGUGGAUCCAGAGUGGUCGCGAGGAAGAGAUCUUCCGCCGUUGCCUCAGUCGAUUCCCCCCCAAGAAGUUCGAGAACUUGCCUCUCCUUAUGUUGCUUGUUGUUAUUGCCACAAUCUCCAAGGAUCUGAAACCCAACGCUCGCCUCAAGGAGGAAGUUGAAUGGAUCGAAAUGGCUCUCAAUGCCUUUGCGGAGAACCUUCCUGCCUUUGAAUGGGAACAAUCCGGCGCUCGUGAUGUGAUCAAGAGUACGACUCAGACCAUGCAGCUCCUCAUUGGACGCAUUCAGCCUCUUAUUGGCGGUAUCCAGGACGGUUUCCCUACGGAUCCCUUCCUCGCCAACCUCGAGAGAGCCAAGCUUGACUGGGUUAUUCGAACAUCAGAGCAUGUGCUUGAUACCUUUGGCGCCCCGAGACGCUACGAGUAA